AUGAAGCAAACAAAGGUUAAUGUAGGAGUGUUGAAAAAUGCGCGGCAAAAGUUAGCAAAGGCAUUAUCUAAAUUGAUAAUACAUGAACGUUUGCCUAUAAACUUGACCACUUCUCCUUGGCUGCAUAACUUGUUAAACGAAGCUGCAAGGUUAGGUCCAGGUGUUAAAUGUCCUUCUCCUUAUGAGAUUUCAGAGAUAUACUUGAACGAAGAAUGUAAGGAUAUGCAAAAGUAUAUAGAUACAUUAAAACCAUUCUGGGAAGAGAGGGGGGUGACUAUAAUGUGUGAUGGUUGGACAAAUGGAAUAAAUCACAUGCAUAUCAUGAACUUUUUAGUAUAUUGUAGUCGAGGAACAGCGUUCAUAAAGUCUAUUGAUGCCUCGGAUGUUACCAGUAGAAACACUGAGUAUUACUUUAACUUGCUUGACAAAAUGGUUGAAGAGGUGGGAGAAGAAUAUGUUGUUCAAAUUGUCACUGAUAAUGAGGCAGCAUUGAAAGCAGCUGGUUUAAAGUUGAUGGAAAAGAGACCUACUCUUUAUUGGUCUCCAUGUGCAGCUCAUUGUUUGGAUUUGUGUUUAGAAGAUAUUGGGAAAAAGUCAAAUGUCCAAAGAGUGCUUGAUGAAGCAAAAAAGGUAACUUUGUUUAUAUACAAUCAUAUUUGGACAGUAAGUUUGAUGAAGAAAUAUACAAAUGGCAAAGAACUUAUUCGUCCAGCGAUCACUCGUUUUGCUACACAAUUUUUGCAACUUGAAUCAAUUGUUAAAGAGAAGCAAGGUUUGAAGGCUAUGUUUGAUUCUGAUGAAUACAAGAAUUCUAAAUAUGGAAAAGACAAAUCAGGAGGAGCUGCAUAUGAAGCAAAGAAAAUUGUGAUGAGUAAAGAAUUUUGGAAUAAGGCAACUGAAAUACUAAAGGUAUUUGAACCGAUUGUCCAGGUCUUGAAGUUGGUGGAUGGUGAUGUUAAACCAACAAUGGGAUUUCUUUAUGAAGCAAUUGAUAGAGCCAAACAAGCUAUUGAGAAAAAUUGUCGCUACCACGCUUAUUAUAAUUCAAUCAUUGACAGCAGAUGGGUUUUCAUGCAUUCUGAUUUGCACGCAGCAGGUUAUUUUCUCAAUCCACAAUUCCAAUUUGGAGUAGUCCAUGGAAGAGAUGUAGCUAGGGAAACCUUGGAUGGAACCACAAAAGUAAUAAGAAAAUUAGAACCAAACAUUAAUAUUCAAAUAAGAGCUAACAAUCAGUUAUUACUUUUUCGGGAUAAGCAAGAGUCCUUUGGAACUCCACAAGCUCAACAAGCAUGGCGUGGAACGGAUCCUGCUGAAUGGUGGCUGUUAUAUGGAUCUUCUGCUCCUGAACUUCAAAGAAUAGCUGUAAGAGUUCUAAGCCAAACAACUUCAGCUUCAAACUGUGAGCGAAAUUGGAGUACCUUUAGUUACAUCCAUACAAAGACGAGAAACAGAUUGAAGUAUAAAAAACUACAGAAGCUUGUCUUUGCAUAUUAUAACAUGAAGCUACAAAAUAGGAGCACCAUGAGAAGAAGUCAGGAAGAAAUUGAAAAAAACUUUAGUCCUAUCAACCUUGAUCAUAUAUUUCAAGAAGACCCUUUAUCUCCAUGGCUUGAAGAGAUAGAGGGACCAUUGUUGGAUGGAACUCAAAAUGCACAGUGGCUCCCUAUUGAUUCUGAUGAUGACAUUGAAGAAAUACCCAUUGAUGUUGAUCACUCAAAUUCAGGUCAUACACCUAGUCAAAGUGGGGAAGGUGGUUUAAGUCCACCAAGUGAUGAAAAUAGUGGUGGCAAUGGUGGCGGUGGUAAUCAAGAACAAGUCAUGGAAUAA